AUGUCACUAGAAUUACUACAUCUCCUUUUGUCACUAGAAUUACUACAUCUCCUUAUGUCACUAGAAUUACUGCAUCUCCUUAUGUCACUAGAAUUACUACAUCUCCUUAUGUCACUAGAAUUACUUCAUCUCCUUAUGUCACUAGAAUUACUUCAUCUCAUUAUGUCACUAGAAUUACUACAUCUCCUUAUGUCACUAGAAUUACUACAUCUCCUUAUGUCACUAGAAUUACUACAUCUCCUUAUGUCACUAGAAUUACUUCAUCUCCUUAUGUCACUAGAAUUACUACAUCUCAUUAUGUCACUAGAAUUACUUCAUCUCCUUAUGUCAGUAGAAUUACUACAUCUCCUUAUGUCACUAGAAUUACUACAUCUCCUUAUGUCAGUAGAAUUACUACAUCUCCUUAUGUCACUAGAAUAA